CCUUUCAACAACUGUGCAGCCGAGUGGCCAUCAUCAUAACUUUUCUCCUCUUCGGUCGUUUGUCUUUUCUUCAAUCGAUUCCGACGAGUUUAACCGUGCGGUUUGGUCCGUAUUUUCGCUUGCCAGAAGGAGGCAAAAAUCCUUUACAGACGGAUUAAAGGAAAGGAAUAUCCUUUCAAAAGUAGUUUAUUCUUCACCGCGAUUAUAUUCUAGUUCUUUUGUGUGCAGAUUAGGAAGUUUCCCGAGUGUUUUGUGCGUUAAGAAAAGGCGGUAAACCACCAAGUGCAAAAGUGAAUCCAGGAAACAGUGUCUCUACCUGCGACAGCAGCUGCAGCAGUACCGUUUUGUUGCUAUAGUGCUACAUAUAUACACAACACAGAGAAGAAGGAUAGCAGUUUGUAGUGAAUAUGAUGUCGAUAAAAGGGAUUUAUCUCGCUUUGCUGGUGCUGGUAGCUAGCAGCAGCUUCCACAGCAAUCAGGUGCGCGGAGAUAAGUACGAGGAAGACGAAGACGAUUACUACGACUCUAGAGAGCGCGUGCUGGAAACUUCAUACCACGGACUAAUCAAAGAGAACGAAACAUUCGUGGAAAUAACGCCAUUAAUUAAAGUCGACGAGACAAAAAUUUGUGGUUUCCACAUAAUCAAAAAGAACAAGGAGAUACCGUUCCAGAUCGAGCUAGUCAACGAGCUGGGAAUUCUGAAAGCAAAAAAGUCACUAAAUUGUGAAAAGCGCAAAAACUACAAAUUCGACAUCACGGCGGUGUUUUGUGACGGAUCGCACUCGAAAAGCGCAAGCGUUCACAUCUCGGUGAUUGACAUAAAUGAAUAUUCUCCGACAUUCCUGCAGCCAUCGUACGUUACCGAGGUGGACGAAGGCCGGUUGUAUCAGGAAAUCAUCCGAGUGGAAGCGACAGAUAAGGACUGUACGCCACUGUUCGGAGACGUCUGCAAGUACGAGAUUCUCACCAGUGACCAACCGUUCACGAUCGAUAAUGAGGGCUCGAUCCGCAACACGGAGCCACUGUCACACAAAGCAUCGCACAACCAUAUUCUGUCGGUGGUCGCUUAUGAUUGUGCCAUGAAACAGUCCGCUCCGGUUAUGGUGAACAUCCGAGUGCGGCGAGUGUGUGAAGCCCACGUCAUGGGAGUUGCUGAACGGAUCGAUUACAUUGCCAACUCGGUAGAAAGCGUCCUCUUGUUCCCAAAGAUCCACCUGGAGCUCUGUGACAUGCAGUGCAAAGGCGAAGAUAUGGUAAUUCAAUCUUCAGUUUCCCUCAAAACUAAGCACAUUUCUUUCGGUUGCGACCGGGAUGCCAGCCAAUGCUUGAAGAAAUUAAGUGAUGAGGAACAAAUGGAAACCGGAAUAGUUGACUUACUCAAGAAGAACACCGAAUGGACGAAAGAUUUGGUGUACGAUGAGGGUGCUGAAUCUAUUUUCCACUUCGAUGGUAGCUCCGGAGCGAUUGUCCCGAAAAACGUAAUUAAAGCGCAGGAUUUCUCAUCUCACCAAUUCAGUGUCAUGACAAUGUUCCGCCAUCACAGCAUUAGCUCAACCGAUAAGCACACCAAGGAACACAUUAUCUGCAGCGCAGAUGAUCACAAAAUGAAUCGCCACCACAUGGCUCUGUUCGUACGAAACUGCCGUUUAAUACUGCUGCUGCGCAAGAACUUCAACGAGGGUGACCUGAACAUUUUUAGCCCGGCCGAAUGGCGCUGGAAGAUUCCCCAGGUGUGCGACAACGAGUGGCAUCACUACACCAUCAAUGUUGAUCUUCCCAAGGUUGAUCUCUACAUUGACGGUAUCAAGUUCGAAAGCAACGUCGAAGAUCGACACAGUAAUCCGGAAGUCAUUGACGACUGGCCUUUGCAUGCGGCUCAUGGCAUCAACACUACACUCGCCAUUGGUGCCUGCUAUCAAGGAUCGGAAAAUCGUCUAAAGCAUGGCUUCAGCGGGGAUAUUUCCGAGAUUAAAUUAUCACUGAAAAAGACUCUCACCCCGAACCAGAUUCGUUGCGGAACCGACUGCGCGGAAAAGCUUCUUCCCCCAGCCGAUCACUUUCUAGAACCAGAGCAACAGAUUCAAUCCAACACUCAAAUGAACAAAAUUAUCAUUGAAGGUAGCAACAAGAGUAACAUCGAAUUGCUGCUGCAGCAAAUCCAGUACAUCAACAAUAAGGACAAUCCAACCAUCGGUAGACGCAACAUUCAGGUAAUGACCACCGUUAGUUGUCCGAACAAGAAAGCCAUUCGGUUACCGUCGAUCGACACCUACAUUAUGGUCACAUCGUCGAACAUUUCCUCUGAACCGGUGACACCUUCCAGUACGCUAUACAACAAGAUCCUGGUAGACAAACCACUCACAGUUGAUCAGAAACCACAGAUUGUCAUCACCGGAAACUCAAACCACUUGGUGUCCUAUCCGGACAUCAAGGAUGGCGUCAAAAUACUCGCCCAGAUCAACAUCAGUAUCUACACCGGCAAAGAAAUCCGCCAGAAUUUGCAAAAACUGGACGCUUGCAACGUGAACGUGUUUCCCAGUCUGAAUCCGGACCACGAAGAGAUUACCAUAGAUGACAAGGAAGGUGCCGACGAUUCGCUGUUCAAAUUUGAUAUCAAGACCAAAAUUAGCAAGGAUGGCGUCGAAAUGAUUGGCUACGAUACCAUCGAUAACUACCAGCACAUUCUGAAAUCGCUGGUGUACAUCAACAAGAAACCGGCUUACUACUUGAACCGAGUGUUCAAACUGACUUGCUCCCAGGUGGACGAUCAUUUCCGAAGCGCUGAGUACACCCUGACGCUGACGGUGUUACACCCGAAGCAGCAGCCAACGUCGGCCACCACAGCACCAAACGUACUGCUGGCGGUACCGUCGGUUCUGCCAUCAGCUGCCAACGAUGGACAGGCUCACACCGGAGCUGCUGUUGCAUCCGAUUCGCACGAGACCAACCAGUACGCCCACGCGAUGCUUCACUCACACGACAUCCAGGAAUCGCAGUCCAAGGUGCACAACCUGGCACACGAGAAGGCCCAGCUGGCCUCGUCCCACUCGACCAUGUUGAUCGUGGUCAUCUGUGCGUCGUUCGUGCUGCUGAUUUGUGGCGUCGGAAUCGCCCGUCUGAGAAACAACGGCGGAGGUAGCGGUCUCGGUGACAGCGGCCAGUCAAGAAACCUGGAGAAGCACCAGCCGUGCCCGAAGGUAGCCCCGGAGCAGCAGCUGGACUGGGACGAUUCGGCCCUUACCAUCACCAUCAAUCCGAUGCAGAACGACAAUCUGUCGGAUGAGAGCUCCGAGUCGGAGAACUCGGACUCCGAGGACGAGGAGGUCAUCAAUGGACGCUACAAGAACGUUAGCCAGCUGGAGUGGGACAACUCUACAAUCUAAAUGAAUGUAUCAAAAAUUUUAAAUUAUGGAAAAUUUAUUGCAUAUUUUAAAAUUAAUAAAACAAACAAAUGUGAAAACAAGCAAAAUUGCCAUCCACUUUCCAACCUACUCGGUAUGUAUGCAUGUACACACAAUUACACACACACAACACAGCAACAGCGCCGUCGCCGCCGCCACCGCAGCCGCUGGUAGACACAAACAACCUCCAUAGCCCAGGAUCUGCAGUAGUUAUAGCAAGCCCGAAAAAAAAGCAAAGCAACCGCCGUGCCGUAACGCAGCUUCCGAGUGUCGUUGUGUCAGUUCACCGAGGAAGCCGGAUCUUAGGGAGAAAAAACAACAAUCCAGUGUAAAAAGGAACAGCACACAGUCUUACAAGUACUCACAAAACCGCCGGACAGAGGAGUGAAAAGCACUGGCAUCCUGCUCCAAGCUCACCAGAAGCCAGACAGGAGACGUUUACUGCUAGAGAGAGAGAGAGAAAAAAACAGAAAAUGUGUCGGAAGACCAACAAAGAAUAGGUUUAGAGUGCCAAGUUUUUUUUUCGGGGUUUUAAACAAAAAAACGAAUCUGUGGGUAACGAACAGGCAACACGGGGAACAUUCCAUUUCGAGCUUUUUUACCACCAAACAAACACAGAUUUUUAGAACUGAACUGGCUUAGCGCACAGGAUUCCAACGAUGGCUGAAUUAUGGUCCAUCAGCUCGAGAAACCACAAGUAGGAGGUCGAAUUAUUUUACCGCAGUGGAAUGCGGAUUUUGGUCGCGCUUCCGACGUUUGGCGCUUCUCGCUCCUUCCCGCGCACAGAUGUGUGUGUGGGUGUGUGGCUAUCGAAAACCACCGGUCGAAUGAAACAAUUUGGUUAAUCCGACGAGAAUAUUUCAUUGUUAUCCAACCACAUCAAGCAACAUCAUUAACAUCGCCAUCGUUAUUAUCAUCAUCAUCAUCAUCAUCAUCAACAGUUCAUACGGUGAAAGGAGGAAAUCUGUUUCGAAUUGCCACCACCCCUUCUUCCACACAUGUAUACGGGGAGGGUGGGUUAUGUUGCGUUCAACCUGUAGCAAACCGACCGAGCAUUAUCAUUAUCGCUUUAUUAUAAAGCACAUUGCGAAUUUAUGUUUCUCACACAGGAAGAAUAAAAUGAGGGAAUAAAAUCGGGAAAAAAUAACGAUCAUUCGGCAGCCACAGCUGGCAAAAUGGUGCAGUGAGGAGACGACCGUACCUGUGGGUGGAAACGUUGAAAAUAGAUGAAACAGUCGGCUUUGAUAGGAUUUCCACAGGCUUUUUUUAAUGGAACUUCCGAAUAUCAUUACACACACACGCGCUUUGCGCAACUGUCAAAAACUGAACGUUGAAGAUGUGCUGUUGAGGUAUUUUUUUUGCGUGACGAAUAUCUGUUUAUGGCUGUUCGUUUGAAAACAACUUUAUCUUCCACCACAAUUUACUUUACCUUGUCUUUGUCUACAUAAAAAAUAGUCUAAUAAAUGAGGUACCUAUUAAUUUCAAGCAAAACACAGAUCAUUCCAUAUAUUUCAUUAUUAGAAAUGCUGUCAAUAAACAUGAUUCUAAACUGAAUAACGAUAAACUGGCCAUAUUUUCGAGUGUCAAAGUGAUAUAACUUUGUAGGUAUUCGACAGCAAUUGUUGCGCCUCGGCUGCAGAUCUCUUCGAAUUGAAAAAGAAAAGUAUCACUUCCCGCGAAUGAUGAGAGUGCGCUUGAAAAACGUACAUUUUCAAUGUCAUUUCAAUGUUUAAUGUUUUGAUGCGAUAACAACAUUAACAGUCGCUCACAACUAUUGUGUAUCGAAUCUGAUCGACCUAUAUCGAUCAGCACUUACCGCUGGAGACAUCUACUGGAAAACGGCGGAAGCAAAGUUGCUAAUUUAAUACGAUAAAUGAGUAUUCAAACUGAAAACUUUUAGAGAAAAUUCGUUAUACUCUUUUAUUCAGUGUUUGUUAUUUAUUGUUAAAUUCAUCGUUGCCGUUUUUUUUUGAAAAUACAAGUCCCUUCAGUGCAACGUGUGCUGAUGAAGAUUGAAAUUCUGGAGGACUUCAAAACAAACAAUUUUGUUGAUUAAGCUGCUAUUAGGCGGAUUUCGGCUGAACUGAAGCUUAAUAAGCUACUACAGAGCAAGUCUAUUAGUUUGGUUUCGUUUGGUGUCAUUGCAGAGCUGCCAUUUGUUUAUAACAAAUGUCUGGAAUUGCUGAAAAACCGAAUAAAACUUGUUCGAAAACCAACGAAACACUCAAUCCGGAUUUCCCUUGAUCAUUAAGACCUUCAUGCGUUACCUUCGUUUUCGUUGCUCGAAAAAUUGUGCCUUGAGGCAAUUCCAGGCCUCUGGAAAUCAUCCAGAUUUCAGUUAUACUCAUCUGAGGUAGUAUCCGACCAUUUUUGCCUGUUUUCCAGAAACCGGGAGUUGCCAUCUUGGAUUUCAAAAUGGCACCUGGAGUUGGUCUCUGGGCAUCAUCUCAAUUUCGAAAAUAUCGGUUCUAAAAUAACGAAAUUAGUAUUUUCAAGUUGGUGAACAGUUUAGUGCAAAAUUCUGCCGCGAAGUUACGCUCGUGUGAACGUAAUUUCUUAUGUUUUCAUCUUAAGUUAUCUCACGAUUCCGAUCUCCUAAAAAGCUACGGUCUUCAGCAAAGUUGUUCAGAAGCUUACAAGAUUCUAGUCGAUGAAUAAUUCAAUGCAGAAUUCUGCUGCUACGAGGUGCUAGUGUGAACGCAUUUCCUCGUAUUUCCACCCUAACUUAUCUCACGAUUCUGACCUUCAAAAAGCUACGGUCUUCAGCAAAAUUGUUUAGAAGGUCAAUUUUUCGUAUUGUGACCCUAACUCAUUUCACGGUUCCGACUUUCUAUAAAAUUGCGGUCUUCAGCAAAGUUGUUUAGUCUUCGUACUUUGAACUUAACUUAUCCCACGAUGCUUACUUACCAGAAAGUUGCUGGUCAGUGCCACUAGUGUGAACUCAGAAAUAUUUUAACUUCGUAAGUAUUGCUAAACAAUGGUUGACUAAAUAUCUAUGAGUUUCGCAUCAGUCUAAACACGAAUACAGUUCCAUGCUACAUAUUGUAAAGCUAUGUCCAUUUAGAAUCCGGAAUAAUAAAAUCAUCUGUACCUCGGUAACGGAUUGACGUACAAGUGAGGUCAUAACCAGGCUUGUCAUUCUCCUCAGUAUGUGAAAGGAGAGGAGAAAAAAUUCACCGCGCACUUCUCAUCCAGUAUGUGCCUGCGUGCAGCAAAUGCUUUCACCACACUGCUUCUUUCUCACUCCAAAGUGUCUCAACCAGCUUACAGAGAGACAAACACACUUCCAGCUCACCUCACAUCUGAUAGAAAUAAGAGGGGUGAAUCACUCUACAGAGAAAACACAGAAGUGAACAACAGUGUCCACUGGCGAGUUGUCCGGAAGGUGAAAAAAACCUACCGGGCAAAAAUGUAGUCCUCGUGUAGCUUCGAACGAAUUCCACCAGAGUGAAUUCGACCGGCACGAGCGGCACGAGCAGCGCAGUCUUUUUUUUUUUCUCCCAAUCUCUUUUCCUCUUCUGCCAUGCUCAAGAAUCCAACUGUGUAACGCACCGCAGAUAGCUCUGCAGUGUAAUUAUUGUGCGUGAUGUCCACACGUGUGAGAAAGUACACCAUAGUUCAUUGUCUCGCAAGAGAGAGAUUUCAGAUUUCGCCGCAGUGCGUUCAGGUAGUUCAACAGAUAAAAAUCGUUUGUCGCUCUCUUCUAGCAUGAGCGUAUUGAUUUGCUCUUUAGUGUAACGGCAGUUGUCUCCGCAGUGCAAGAUGUUCUCCUGCACUCUAGAGGUUUACUGAGGAGAAAAGACAAGCAUGGUCAUAACAUCAAAACAAAGGUAAUUCACUGUACUUUAAGAAACAAAGAUUACAAUACAAAUAAUUUCGCUUCGUUUCUAAUGAAAAUUUGCACUUUCUUCUUUAAACCUUCCACCAAACGCUGCACAUCUUCGGAGCCAACUUCCCUGCCGGAUUUGGUCAUCUAAGUCGCGUCCCGAGCCGUUUUUCUACUUUUCUUAGGCUUCCGCUUCAUUAUUGCCCAAAAACUCUCGAUAGGCUUGAACUGCGGGCAUUGGGGUGGAAUUAUGUUUUAAUCGAUGAAAUCUACGUUAUUAUCGCAGUACCACUGGGUGACUUCACGGGACCUUCAUCGGCUUUAAUGAAAGAUAGUACGCGAUUUUUGAGGCAUUCUUCCUUGUACAGCUUCGAAUCCAUCGUCAACACUUUGGUCUUUGCUCCGCAGCUGCGUAUCCCUUGCCAGAUCAUUAGUUUUUUAGCAAAUUUGUCCAUAAAAGCAAACUUAAACUUCGCAAAAACAUCUCCCCGUGCCGUCGCCUUGUAGAAUUUUUGGCCAGGAAGCUGACCGAAUCCAUUUUGACGUAAGUUGGUACUUCAUCAAAACCUGCUGGUACAAUUUCCGGGCUCGAGUUUUGGUGACGAAACUUUGCUUCAACGUUCUGUUUGGUUGCUCGCUGACUCGAUAAGAACGAUAUCCGGCUCGCAAACGGAUUCUUUGAACGAUACUGCGAGCAGCAACGUAUUUUUGUGCGAUGUCAUUAUCUGAUAGUCCAGGGUUUGCUCUGUUUGCUGUUGUUAUACGUUCCACUAUGACGCUUACCUUGAGGCACUCGAUCUACGCUCUUUCGCUCGCUGAAACGUUCGAUUUUUUUGUGAUUUUCAUCACGCACCACAUUGGAUUAUCAAUGUGGGUGAGCAGAAUUUUUUCUUUCCUCUCGGCUUCCAUCUGGAAUAGCUUUUGACUCACUGCACGAAACACCGUGAAAUUCAAACCACAGAAAUUGGCCGCCUAGGUAAAUAAAUCGCUGUAAACGAAUUCUAGCGGCGGUAACUUUCCGUGCCACUGCAACAUAAUAAGUGAUUCUGGAUUUCAACUAGACAGAACUUCAUCCUGUUCUAAUAAAAGUACUUUUUUAGAAUGAACACUAAAAAAUAAAAAUCAAUCAUUAAAAAGCAAUUAAAAAAGUGGGAAAUAUUGUGUAUGAAACACGACCGCAAGGGUAAUUACUUCGGAGAUUACACUCGAUUGGAAUUAAUCGAUUUGAUAGUCUAAAGCGGUCUAUGCCCUGUGACAUAAUUCUACGUCAAAAAAACUAUUUUGAAUUGCAUAAUUUCUUCUGACUAAUUUUAAUCGCUGAGUUGUUGAAUACUGUAACUUUUGUAGCAGUUGAACUCUCGAGAUAAAUUGAGUUUAAAACUACUCAAAGCUACAUGCACACUAGCGUUGCGGCCGACUUUCGAAUUAAAAUUUGCACCAACUUAAAGUCCUUGAUCUUUUGAAUAAUUUUUCUGAAGAUCACAACUCUCUAAGCUGUCGGAAUGACGCGAUAGAGUUACAUGAAUCAUUUUUAAAGUGAUGUCAAACUUUGCGGGGUGGGGUGCUGCCAAAUUUAAACUGAGUGUAGCAAUACUCAAGAAAGUGAUUCCAAACUUGUGGCGGAUAGUGUACUUAGUUCUACGUUAGCACUAGUCCCUGGUGUUUUUUUUUAGAAUCUAAAAUUCUUAACGGUGCACUUCAUCACUGUCAAUUGUUGUUUUUUGUUUUACUAAAUUCUAGGUGUCAGUCAGAGAUGCCAGAUGUUUUUGAAAAAUGUCUGCACAGGUUCGGAAAUGCAUUUCGCUGUUUCGACUUUUUAUCAUUUUUUGCCAUUUGUUCAGCAGCUUCUCCCAAUUCCUGGUCCCGAAAGCAAAAAUUUAUUCAGAACCGUAUUUCAAACAUAUAACAACUGUUCAACAGAAUACUUGUCCAGCUGCUUGAAACUAAGCAUUGAAAACAAAACAGCGAUUUGUUUAUGUUUUCCUCAACGAGUGGCACUAACCGAUUCGUAUGAAAUAGGUCUCUAAGGAGACUCGAGCGAAAAUCUAUCGAAAAUAUGAUAAAAAUGUAAGAAUCUGCAAACGGACUCGAAAAAUUUGCGUUUUGUAGCCAAAUAUUCGAAAUAUUGCAGCUAAACAUUCACAAUCGAAUCGACAGCAUCGAAAUAUUGCAGCUAAACAUUCACAAUCGAAUCGACAGCUGGAAAACAGUUAUACGCUAAAGUUUCAAAAUGGCACAUAUCUUCGUCAAAAAACACGUAGAAAAAAUCUUGAGAUAUCAAGAUGUCAAAUUUAUUGACCUUCAAAGGAAAAAUACAGAAAAAAAUGUUCGUCUGAGUUUUGGAUGAAUUCACGAAUUUUUUCUUUUUUAUCGCCCAUCAUCUUCUGCACAGUUGAACUGUUCUUCCACCAUUUUCUUCCACCAACUUUGUAAAUCAGCUGUUUUUAUCGUUCUGACACUUUUCUUCAACUUACCUACUCUUGAUUAUCGCCCAAUAUUUUUCAAUUAUUCUGCUUGAGUGUCCUGUUGGAGUCCAGAUUCGUCGAACAGUGCUAUACGGUGCCGCGAACCCAGGGUUCAUCCGAACUGCUCUACAAACUUACAAUCGUGGCUGCUUGUCAAUCGAUCCACGUUUGCGAUCAGGGCCGGCACCACACUAUUUUCCCGAGUGAGUAUUAAGGAAUAGGGAAGGUUCAUGGGUGACAAGGCGUAGCCAGGGAGGGGCGACCUAUACAUCAACAAUAGGAUGUCAAUGGAAUGUAUAGGAAAAGUUUGAUUUUCGAAUUUACUACAUCGAUAUCGUGCCGAAUAGUGAGCCUAAAGCAGAUCCGAACAGAAUACGGUGUCUUCGCCCUCAAGGUAUUUUUUGCAGAACGACCGAACUUCCUGCAGGCAGUCCAGACCAAAAAAGAAAGGCUUUGACAUCCUUUUCCACAGCCACAGCAGCACCUUUGUGGGGAACUUGUGAAAUGAACUUCACCUCGGAGUUCACUUCCUUCGUGGGAGAAGUAAAAUACGAAGUGCCCUGCCAGUCGUUGCCAUCCAGGUUGAGAUAGGUCUCGACGUCUAUCACCACCGCCACGUUGCGAUUCGCUGGGAAAGCCGACUUCACCAUCUUAUUUAGCCGCUGUCGUUGCGUCAUUGCCUGCCUUCCGGCUAAGCGCAUGCAGCAUGCAGCGAUGAAGCCACUUGACCCUCGGUUUUCCUCUUCAGCAUCCUUGAGAGCCUCUUGGAUCGUCGGCAGUCCGGAACCGGGCUUUUUUUCAAUGCUGUGAUUGCUGUCCAAUAGUGCUAUGUUGUAGAUCCACAAAGUGCCGUGCGAUGUCCGUAUAGGACGCGGCGGGGUACCGUUCCUUGAACGCGCAAACUUUUGAACGAAGUAGUUUUACUGUUUUCGCCAUCACGUUAAGAGUUCGAGCCAAUUUUUGUCAGCUGACUCAUGGGUUACUAUGGUUUAUGAUGAAUGGGAAAUUUCGUCAGUGCGUGUAAAGGUAAAACCACGACAAAACAUCACUUUUUUUGGGUUUGUCCGAUAAUUCCGUGUGGGUAAGUACCCACAGGGAUAUUUUCCGAGUGGGUACUACUACCCAUACUACCCUGUCUGCGGUUGCUGUGAUCAGCGCGAACCAGCGUGAGAGUUUCAUUGAAUCGAUUCAGUACUGUUGAUUUGGAGAAUUUCGGAGCACUUCGCAAUUUUUGCACAUGAGCACCUUGGGUUUUUAUCGUGAGUGUGCAAAAUUUUCAUGUUCCAUCGUCGAAAACUUUUGAUCCACUGACUCGAAUUGAUUGAUUGGAAUCGAGGACAAUUGGGUGGGUUCAUAACCUUUGUAAUGAAAUAUACCUUGUUGUCCCGGUACCACAGAACUACUUCCCGGAUGCAGUGACAGUGGGGACGGGACCUCUGGGUGACUUUUUUAGACACUCUUGCUUAUACACCGUUGAGUCCAUUGUCUUGUUCAUGGUUACCAUCCACAGCUGCAAGUUCUUUGCCAUUCAUCAGUGAAAACUAACUUGAACUUUGCGGGUACAUUACCCCGUACUGUGGCGAGAUAAAAUUUUCUUCCGGAAAGUUCCCUAGAAUCCAUCUUCACGUGUGUUUCGUCGUUCAUCAGCUUACAGGCACGAAAAUAACGGUAGCCUCCUUGUAGAUAAAUCCACCGGACAGUUCUAUUGUUAGCACAGUGUUUGCUGAGUUUAUCUUAAAUGCUCUCAAUACCUCCCAGUUCAGCUGCCGAUCGUAUGUUCAACUACGACGCUCUGAUCCUUCCGGGUCACGUUCAUCUGUUCUCCGAAACUAAAACCAAACCAAAUAGCUGUCAAACGUUUCAAAUCCGACCAUUUAGGGCGCUUCUCUGCAACCGACAAUAUUUUCUCAAGUUUUCUGACAAAAUAAAACUUAUGUCGCCAUUCACAUAAUCUCCAAUAUAAAUUUAAGCACACUUUUUUGUGGUGAAAAUAAUGUAAUUUCAUAUUCAGUUGAACACAACGUAAUCUCAACUGCCGCCUAUAUGAAAAGUAGUAAAAAUUCAUUCACACGAAGAUAACCGUGUUGCCUGUUUACCUCCACCAGUUCGGACGAAGAGCAGUAAUUUCAAACAAUUUUCAGUUCCUAACGUUUAUUCUAGUAACUAUCGCAAAGGCCAUAAAGUAGUUAAAGAAGCCGGUUUCAGAAUGAAUUCCACGGUAGCCAGCCAUCAGAAGUACAGGUUUAAGAUAGGCACACUCACACAUACGCAGAGAGGAAGAGCACUUUCGCACAGACACCAGCAAGCACACAGAAAAAAAAACGACACAAUCACUGACCAAUUGUUGUCCGACAGUCUUGAAACCGUCCAUAUUGAAUGAAGCGGCGACUAAGCAGCAUUUAGUAGCAAUUCUGAGUAGUAGUUGUAGUAGUAGCAAUAAUAUUAACAAAAGUAUUAGUAAGAUGAGCCGCAGCAGCGGGUAUUACAGUGUUUUUCACUCAAACUCUGGCCGUCCGCAUAUCAACACUUACACACACACACACACAUACACACAAGCGCGUGCACGUUCACAAGCACCACGCAUACACACCCCAGAAAAAAACCGCUUCUCACCACCCCAAACCCCCUCUAUGCCGUCGUGUCGUAAAAAGAAGCACGUUUCAAGUGUUUAGGAAAAAGUUAAAGAAAAAAAAAGUCGAACUGCAAGUUCACGCAGGCAACUUCCGAUGCUUUGAUAGUUGUGUAAAUCGAGUCUAAGUUUCUAGUUUUAGUUGCUUUACUACGUGUAGCAAGUACACGAAGAGAUGAGAAAGAGGAAAGAAAGAGGGAAACGAUGCAGUUGGAAAAAAAAAAAAUCAAAAUAAUUUUGUGAUACAAGUAAAGGAAGAUGUAAUCGAGUAAUAGCUAUUGUUUGUUUGUUUUUCUUUUUUAAUUCAAUAUUGUAAAAAUCCAACGGUUUGGGUGACUGACGUUCAGACCGCAGAAGAAUAAAAAGUGAAGAUUUCAUUUAAUAUUAUCAUUAGUUGUAAGUCUUUCCACGUACUUUUUACGCUGUGUCCAAAACCCAAUAGGAAGAUUUUUAUCCGAUUUUUUUUUUGAAUAAUAAUUUUAAAAUAAUGUUUUGCUUUUACAUUGCGUUGAUAUACCUAAUAGAAAAACACACGUCUAGUAUGUAAGUGGUAAACAAAUCUAAGCAGACAAGAGAGAAAAAAAUGUAUAAUAUAAUCAAAUUGGAAUUUAACAUUGAAACUAACACGGCAACAGGUGGUAACUAUAUCAGUACUAACACACAAACACAUACGGUUUUUGGCAACAAAAAAACAACAAGAGCUCAGCCGCAUUGCAGCAGCUCGAACAGUGAAACCCAACUUCAGCUUUCAAGUUACGAGAAAACGCAUCUGCUAAAUUAUGGGAUAAACUGAACUUAUUAUAUAUUUAUAUAAACGGCAUAUUAAUUUGAUAUUAAGAACGAGAUGAACGCCACAGGCGAAAGCUGACAGUUCCCUAUAUCCAUCAGCACAACCAGAACAGCAGUGCAGUGCAGCCAGCGCGAGCUGAGCCAGAGAGAGAGAGGAAGAAAAAUAUUAGGAGGUGUAGAAUCGUAGUUAAUAAAGUUGUGUGACACGUUGAAGCAGGAAGCAAGAGAAGUAUCGCAAAAGAAACUCAUCGAAAACAGGAAGCAUCCCGGCGGAUGCGACCUCCAGCCGGAGUGGGAGGUUGAAAGUGGGACAGAGAAAAUCUCGUUAUCAGCGCUUGACAUUGCUGGGUAACACAAGUGCAUGUAACAGGAUAUACGUAAGCCCUGCUCUACGGGUGGAACAAGAGGGCGGGAGGGUGGUGACGUUGCUCCAGUAAUGAACAAGUUUAGAGCCAGUUUUGAAAUAAGGUCAUUAGAUGGUUGUAAAGCAGUCAAACGUAUUUAACGAUAGGUGGAACAAUGUCGACACAGUUGGCGCGUGUUUAGAUGAAUUGGUGUUACGCAGAUGUUUUUGAUUCGAAUGUACGUGGCAAUUCGCUCGCGGCAGGAACCUGUCAUGUCUACUAUCGUUAGUAGUAAUAUAUAUAAUUCCACUGCACUUUUAGUGCUUUCACGCCAUUUUACCCGGUGAAGCUCUGUGAGUUUGAUAACAUCGUUAAUUUAAGUAAUUUUGCACACAUAAAAUCUAAACAAAAGGAUGUCAUUUAGAUAACAACAAGUGGUUUGUGUGUCCUUUGUCACUCUGAAUCUGUGACCUUUGCCACGUACUUUGAAUUGGUUUCCAAGUUUCGGCGAAACCGUUCGUAUCCAAAAAUACAUGAGAAUCGCAAAAACUUAAAUUUCGCGAUUCAAAUCACAAAUUAAAGCACGUACGAUCAGCUAACUCGACGAUCUGUCAAACUGGUACUGUGUUGCUGGUUUUAAUAUUUUUGCUUUCCGUGAAUUUCGAAAAAAAAUCAGCUAGUAGGAAUAAAAAAGCGUAUUGUUGCUCGAAGAAAUAUUUAACAUCGAGUUUCUUGUGCUCGUUGUGGUAAUAUUCGAUAUAUACUUGUUUAUGUAUAAUGGAAUUUUCCCUCGGUUAUAACGAAAAUCGUUUCCCCCUGCCCAGGUGCGUAUUCGUGCCCCACUAUACUCUAUGUUAUUUCUUCCCAAUAAGUUCUGAGUAAAUAAAUUCCAACAAAAUACAAUAAAAUAAACUUCAACUCUUCAUCUCCGAGAAGUCAUGCGAAGCUGUUUGAAUCAUCGAUGUCGUCAAAUCCACAAAGUUCCUCUGAAACCUAAGAGCAUGUUACCAACUCCAAACCGCGCCGCCCAGAACCAGUUGUGUCUCCAGAGCAAUGCAGCGCUAGAUUCACUGUCCGCCUGCCUACCAAAAGACAGCCAAGCUGGGUAUAGGAACGAUGCAUACAAAUGUAGCUAUACGUAUAGGAAAUAAAAAGAAACACUUACUUAACUAUAACAGUCACAGUUGGCUAGAGAGGUAAAUUUAAUUAUACAUAAUAAAAAAAAAACCUUGUAAAAGAUAGUAAAAGGGGCAGUGGAAGUAAAUAUUGAAGUCUAAAACAUAUGCUUAAGUUUGUGGAAAUAAAGCAAGUCAGCAGCAAAACAACCGUAAUCGUGUUUAAAUGUGAAUACUUAAAAUGGAAAUGAAGAAGAAACAAAAUAAAAAGAGGAAACCCACAACCACGUGUACACCCUGAUAAGUGCGCGUAUAGAUGUACACUUACGUUAGCGGUACGAACAUUUCUGUUAAACGAUCAUCCUAUAUAGGCACCCAGUGAAGACAAGCAAAAAAUGGUAUUUAGCUUAUUUAAGAAUACAGACUUAUUUGAGACUAAAUAACAACCGAUUUGAGGGCGUGCAAAAAUUCUAUAGCAGAUGAGAUACUUAAAAUCCGAAGGAUUAACCCUUAAAAAAACUGGCUUUCAUAAUCUUUAUAGAAUUAUAUAUCGAAAAGAGAAAGUAAACAAAACAUCAUACAAAUACAUCAUUCAUUAUGUGAAGCUUGAAGGGCUUACCAAAAACUCUAGAACAUAUAAAAUUGAAUCCUGUCGAAAAAAUCUAGCUCUGAUUUUGGCCUUCACACUUCAAGCAUCAGAAAACCUCACUGCACGGAUCGCGUAGAAGCGCAUUGCAUUGGAACCGCGUCGUUCAUCAUUAGGCAAGCUGUCAGUCAGGUUUGACGUUGCUGCUGCCGCAGCUGAAGACGACGAACGCUAACGUGACGGUUUUGCGAUAUUGUCCUUCUGUAUAUUCUAUAUUUUCCUCCUUCCCUUCACACUGAGUUAUUCAUCCGGUCAAUAAAUCAACGUUUCCCGUGUUCUUCCCAUUGAAGUGUGCAAAACCCCCCUUAACAACGGAAAACGUGAGCAGCCGAAAACGCGAACGCGUCUUGUCCAUUAGUUUUCCGUCCGCCUGUGCUACUUUUUCCUUGUUAUCCUGUUUUCAUCAUCACGUGUGCAGGCGAGUUUGAAUGAUUGAUUGAUUAUAGAAGACUUCACGUUGUUCGUAUUGUAAAAUCGCCGUCGCAUGAUCCCUGACCUUCUCUUCCUCAACCGCCCAUUAGCACAAACAAUAGCAGCCCACAAGACAAAGCAGAUAGGCGAUGCGUAGAGUUGUGAGCAAGUGAAGAGGAUAUAGUAUAAAUUUAGGCGAAAUCGCAACCACGGUCCUUGUAACAUUCUAUCAACACCUGCUAUUAUUUUGAGAAAUAAAGUUUAAAUAAAAAAUGAA